AAUAGUUGUAAACAAUUUGGACAGCCGGCGAAAAUGGAUCGUUUGGCCAGAGUUUUUUCCCAGCAGGACGAGCUGAUAGCUCUGGAUGGAGGGUAUAAGGAUGAGUACGAAACCUUCAAGUCCCUGGACUCCCUGCCGGAGGAGAAGCUGGCAAAAUUCCAGCAGCUGACACUGAAACUGCUGGAGGACUUGGAGCAGCCGCACGACAGGAAGAAGUGCGCCGAGAGAUCACGAAGUCUACGCGAGGAGGGCAACAUUGUGUUCCGAGGUGGAGGCCCAGGAUCUCCCCCAGACUCGGAGCGAGUACUGAGUGCCUGCAGGCUCUACACGGGAGCCGUUUUCGAGGCGGAGGAUGCUCUCGAUGAGCUGGCCCUGGCUUUUGCCAAUCGCGGAAUGGCCCUCCAGGAGUUCGGGUACUACAGGGAGGCCUACGAUGACUGCGCCAAUGCGCUGGAGUGUGGUUACCCGGAGAGGCUGCGCCACAAGGUCAUCAUGCGGCAGGCCCACUGCGCCUGGAAGCUGGAGAAGGUAGAGCCCCUGGAGGAGCAUCUAACUAGUCUAGAGCAGCUCCAGCUGAACGAUAGCUUCAAGCAGCAGCUGGAGGAGUUAAAGGAGGAACUGCAGUACCUAAAGGACAGAGGCACUGAUGCGGAGACACUUGAGGAAGAUGUCUGCACAAAUCUAGAGGAAAUCCAUACAGAUCCUGGUGAGCGUGGGCGGUAUAUGGUGGCCAAAGAACCGAUAGCCAAGGGCCAAAUCAUCUUCUCCGAACGAGCAGCCUGCUUUGUUCCUCUAGAACAGCGGCUGAUUUGUCAGCAGUGCGCCGCCACCUUGAUGAGUGCACCCAUUCCCUGCUCCAAGUGUCACCAAAGAGUUGUCUACUGCUCCAGGAAAUGUCGAGAAGGACACGCAGCAAUCCACAGAUACGAGUGCCCGGCCUACCAAAGGGAUCUUCUCAAAAUGCUGGGCGUUUCACACUUGGCCUUGCGCCUGGUUUUGGCCUACAUGCCCCAGAUGUUGACCCUUCUCCAGUACAGAACCUGUGCCCAGGAAAUUUGGGAAAGUAUCCUUAAUAUGACCAAGCAAACAGAAGAGCAGGAAACCACUCCAGAGUACUUGCAAAGCCUGCGCAUGGUCAGCCAUUUGGAGAAGGCCUCACAGGCGGAGUUGGUCUAUCACAUCCUGUGCGCAAAUCUGCUUCAAGUUUAUCUGAAAGAGCACACCGACUACUUCGAUCAGUUCCAAUUCUCGCCAGCCAGCACUAAGGAUUGGCAACUGAUUACAUCAGCAUUGAUUCUUCGAUCCGCCGGCCAACUGCUGGCGAAUGGCCAUGUGGGCGAUGCUCUCCUGCCAGUUGGCAUGGAGCCCAACGAGUUUGCCCUGUUGCAGCCGGAUCUGUGGCAGUAUCCGCUACACCUUAAGCUCGGUCAAUUGCACAAUCUGGCCCACUCGGAGCUGAUCACGGCCAUCAAUCUGCCCUACUUAAGCCUGUGCAACCAUGCCUGCGCUCCCUCCAUUCGAACCAAGUUCGAUGGGUGCUCCGUGGUUAACUACGCUGCAAAGGAUAUUUUAGCGGGCGAAGAGAUCUUCAACUGCUAUACAAGGGAUUACAGAAACAGUUUGAAGCUUCAGCGAACUGAACCUUUAAGAGAGGUCUACAAAUUCCAGUGCAGCUGUGUCAAGUGCACCCAAAGUGAUCCCGAUCAGGACUAUCUCAAUUUCCAUCGGUAUCGCUGCGAAAAGUUCAACUGCCGGCAGGAAUUUCUGCCGGACGUGGAACUUCAACGGAAUAAUCUCAGCUGGUGGCUGCCAUCCAACGCAGACAACUUGAUUAUAUGCACGGUGUGCAAGGAACGCCAACAAUGCGUCUGGUACAAUGACUUCCUUGACCUCGUAGAGGGCUGCGGAGAUUCGUCAAAGAGGAAGGCGCUCUUUAAAGCCUUUGAUGAUCUAGACAAAUGGCUAGUGGAUCACCACAGCCUCAAAAGAAAUCUAGCGGAAGAAGUGGUGACAGCCUGUUUUGUAGAAAUUGAUGAGGGAACUUCAAUGGAUGUGCUGGACUAUGAAAACCUGGCGAGGAUUAUCCGAAAGCAGCUAGAAGGCACUGCUGCCCAGUGUGGCGAAACCUCCAUGGAGUACAUUGCACAGAUGACCUAUCUCUGGGAUCUAAUUGCGCUGAAAAAAUGUCAAAGCAGCAAAGAGGAAAUUCUAGGGUUAAGAGGUAAGCUGGAUUAUCUGGCCAAUGAGCACAAAGGGGUUUUCUUGAACUAUUACAACGAUUUUAUUGAGCAACAAUGUAAAUAACGAUAUACACGCAUUAAAUUCACUAGAUUCGAUCUACAGGCAAUCAA